GUUUAAGUUUUCAAUAGGUAUAUCUAAAGCCAUAUUUUAACUAAAUAUAUCGAGUUCCGGUAUGUUUUGUUAGGAUGCCAAUUACGUGUUAUUCAGGUUCCCGUGCGGCUGUCGGGGGUUACGGUGGUCAGCGAUUCCAACCCGAAAUAAAACACACUAUGUGCAGGGCUCUGCUCACUCGUCCGCUCCAUUAAAUGCGCUGCGAACGCUGAAAAGAUUGUUGUGGGGUUUUACGGAGCAGCCCGGGAGAGAUCCGGAGAGUUGGCAGGGUUUUUCGUUUGUUUUUGUAUGCACGGAGCGGGGGUGCGGCCUAGCAGAGACCGCGAAUAUACGGCAGGAUUUACGGCCUUCAAAAAGAACACAAGCUGUUUUUUUGUUUGUUUUUUUUAUCAACCUCAAUCCAUGAUAAUAAACCUCUGAGUGGUACACGUUUCUGAAAAGGGUUGAACCAAAUCAGACAGUGAUGAAGAAGGUCAAGCUCAUUAUUUGAGUCCAGAUCUGUUGUCGCCGACAUUACAACUUUGAUGCUCACCCAUGUCAGUUUGCUGUUCUUCAAGAACCAAAAAGUGUUCCUGAAAGGAUUUGUAUUUGUAUUCAUUGGUUUGUCUUCAUAAGAGCUGUCAAAAUAAGUUCCUCUCUGCCACACCAUCUUUCCCACCGUGGGCAGUCCAACAAUCCGUUCCCCCUGGAUUCGCAAAGUAAGAGGUCCAACUACGGCGCAAAGCUGAAUCCGUACACCAGAGCCCGGAUGACGGAGGCAUGGCAGCAGCAUGCUGUUGCCCCGCCUCCAGUGGUGCAUACCAUACCACCAGGGGCAGAUGCCCUGGGCUGCACUGUCUAUGGAAUUGUCCUCCAGCCUGACACAGCACUGCAACAACAACAGCAGCAACAGUCCCAGCAGCAACAACAACAACAGCAGCAGCAUCACAGUCAACAGCACAACCAGCAGCAGCAUCCAGCACAAGCACAGCAGCCUUCCUUGCACGUGGGGAAUGAGGGCGGGCACAAGUGUGGUGCAUGCGGCCACGACAUCUCCCAUCUGGCUAAUCCACAUGAGCACCAGUGCAUGGUGAGCCAAGACCGUUCUUUUCAGUGCACACAGUGUCUGAAGAUCUUCCACCAAGCCACUGACCUCUUGGAGCACCAGUGCGUGCAGGUGGAACAGAAACCCUUUGUGUGUGGAGUGUGCAAGAUGGGCUUCUCCUUGCUAACUUCACUAGCGCAGCAUCACAAUGCCCAUAACAGCAGCAAUCCCAUGAAGUGCUCUAUAUGUGAAAAAACGUAUCGGCCAGGCUCCUCGGGAAAUGCCACGCCCACAUCAUCUACUGGCAACCCAGGACAGCCAUCUGCCGAUGAAGCAUCAUCCAGUGGGAGCACUGCCGUUGGGACAUCCGGCCAACCUACUUUCGAGCCUUCACAACCUGACAGGCCCUAUAAAUGUUCGGUGUGCUCCAAGGGCUUCCGUCAUUUGUCCGAGCUCACCCGUCACGAGCGUGUCCACACAGGUGAGAAGCCAUUUAAAUGUGAAACAUGUGACAAAAGCUUUAGCCAGUCCUCUCAUCUAGCCCACCAUCAGCGUACCCACAGCUCCGAACGGCCAUUCAAGUGUGCCGUGUGUGAGAAGAGCUUCAAGCAUCGCUCUCACCUGGUCCGUCACAUGUACGCCCACUCCGGCGAGCACCUGUUCAAGUGCAACCUCUGCGAGUUGCAUUUCAAAGAGUCUUCCGAGCUCCUGCAUCACCAAUGUCAGCCGCAAGGUGCUCGGCCAUUUCGGUGUGCUACAUGUGGGAAAGGCUUCAAGCGUCCGUCCGACCUGAGACAGCAUGAACGCACCCACUCGGAAGAACGGCCGUUCCACUGUGAAGAUUGCCAGAUGAGCUUUAAGCAACAGUAUGCCCUGGUGAGGCAUCGACGCACACACAAGGCCUCUGCUGACCGUCCCUUCAAAUGCAACCUUUGCGACAAGGGCUUCCUGCAGCCAUCCCACCUGUUGUACCACCAGCACGUUCACGGCAUGGACAACCUCUUCAAGUGCGCCUCCUGCGGCAAGGGCUUCAGUCAAUCUGGGGAGCUUCUUCGUCACAAAUGUGGUGAGUCCUCCUCGACACCCACAAAUCCAGACAAGCCCUACAAGUGUGACGUGUGUGGAAAGGCUUAUAAAAAGGCAACUACAUUACAGCGGCAUCAGAAUUCGCACUGCACCGAGAAGCCUCUCAAAUGUUCGCUGUGUGACCGUCGCUUCCUGUCCUCCUCAGAGUUCGUGCAGCACCGAUGCGACCCGUCCAGGGAGAAGCCCUUGAAAUGUCCUGACUGUGAGAAGCGCUUCAAGUACUCCUCGGAGAUGCAGCGGCACAGACGCGUCCACACCGGAGAGAAGCCCUACAAGUGUGCCAGUUGUGACAAGGGCUUCAAGCAGCGUGAGCACCUGGCCAAGCAUCAAAGUGUGCAUGCGAGAGAUGCUCAGUUCAAAUGUGUGUGGUGUGGGGAGCGUUUUGCCGAUCUAGGAGCUCUUCAAGAGCAUACAGUUCAGCACACAUCCGAAGGUGGGGGCUACCCUGUGUCCUCUCUCAUUCAAUAAACUGUACCCUCCCACCCCCAUCUCAGCAAGCUGCCCCCUCUUAUCAAAACGGUUUGCCUAGUAAAUUAUUUUUUACUUUAAAUGUCCCAUUAAUGAGUCAAAGGCCCAACAACCUCAUUAUACCUCAUUUUGUACAUAUGUCCCUUUUGAUAUCAGGAGGCAUACUUCAAUAAUUUGAUUGGCUAUGUUAUGUAGAGGUUAGAGAGACAGAAUAUUUUAGAAAUGGAAAACCGUAAACACAAUACCCCAACUGAACAUUGUGGUGUUGGUUAAUAUCUAGGUAACCAAUAACUCCUAGUCCUGUAGGGUAGCAUUUGCCAAACAUUGUGACUUGUGACUGUUUUGCCAGACAUGGCUCACAACCAAUUUAAAUGACUCAUACAGUGAGAUCUUACAAUGCCCCCUAUUCAUUCUCUAGACCCCAAGAUAAAAAAAAGUUAGUAGUACCUAAAACAACUGAGCCCAUUGAGUGUCUCUUGUCUGAUGAGUCUAUUCAUACCUUUGUAACAACUAUGAAUAAGGAACUAUACUCUGAUCACUAGCCUUGCUUCAGUAUUAGUGUAUUUCACUUACAACACAGCUUAAAGUAGCUGACAGUUACGACAAAAACAAAAGGAGGGACGAAAUUGUGCUGUUAUGAACAAUUGAAGCUGUUUGUUUGUGUCCAUGUUGAAGUUCCCCUUGUUGUGGCAACUAAAGGUAUGUACCAAAAACCAUCAAUGUACUGUACCGCACCGCUAAACGGGACAGAUUGUUAACCAGCAGAAGUAUAAAUGACCUAAGAGGGUCUUAACAUUUCACUGAGAUUAUACAUAAUACAUAGAAUCUAUUUAGAAAUGUAAACUUCACUCUUGUAUACAAACAGUUCACAUUACCACAAGAAUCAGUGCAGCUGUCCUGAAAAUUACCUAAAAAGGCUUCCUGUAUUACUGUAUGUACAUAGUAUGUAUGCAACUUGUUUACUAGUCCUGUCAUUAGAUAUUGCAGUGUGUUUCUUAAACUUCACCACAAUUUUAUAUGUAGUUUCUCAUUAUGUGAAGUUCUGGUUCAUUUGUUCUUUUCGUUUUGCCUUUUAAAUUAAUUUCAGCUUCUUUGUAGACAUAGUUUGGAUUGUUAUUGGCAUGUUAAAGGUUGUGUGAAAGUUGAGUCUGUCUUUGUAAAGGUUUUCACUCCUUGUUUGUUUGUUUUUAUUAUUAUUAUAUUUAGGGGUCCCUAACAUGACUCGCAAACUUGUACAGUGUCCUAAGUUUCAUUCUUCCUCCACGGUGUUUGAUCUCUAACCUGCCAACACCAUGUCUUGCCUGAAGUCUUUUGCUUUCCGUAACAGGAUAACGAGGCAAUUUUUGUUAUUCUUUUAUAAAAACUACAAGAUCAAAGACUUUUAAAAAUCAAUUUCCCCAGGAUUCUUGAGGCCUUGGGAUAAAUGCACGUCAUUCAGAUAUUUUUCUUAGUGAAUGUCGAAAACUCAUCAAAGGAUAACAAUUGUGCUUUUUUUGUUCAAAUUUUUUUUUAAACUGACACUUACUACAAUUGUAGUAAUAUUUGAUUUAGAGAUAAAAGCAGUGGUAACUUUUGAAUUAUUAUGAAUGGCAUACUCUCCUUUUUUUUUAAUUUUAGAGGAUGCAGCCACUUUUAACGGUAGUCCAAAAAAAUAAAUAGAACAAACUGUGUGCAAGUCUUGAUUUGCCUCACCUUUUUUCAACUUUCAACCCUUCCAACCUCAAAGUUCCCAUCACAAUUUCCCACCAUUUAGACUGGGGCAAAAACAUUCUCAGCUCUGUUGAUUAUGCAGUAUUAUACACGUUGACUGGCCCUUAAAAACAUCUCAGUUUUGCAGUUAAGUUUCACCUAGGACUGUACAAUGGGGUUAGAGAUGACAGUGAAACUUUGGCCUUAAUUUUUCCCCCACAUCACAUUUAUAGUAUCAAUUUAUCCAUUGUUUUGUUUUUAAAAAAAAACAAGGGGCUUUUUUUAAACUGUAGGCAUUAAGAAUCAAAAAGCAGUUGGGAUUUGAAUUUGUAAAAAACAAAAGUAUGUCGUGUUUUUUUGUUUUCAUGUUUGUAUAUUAAUUUUUUAUUAAUAUUGUUUAAAAUCUUUAUAUAAAUAUCUAUAUUCUUGGCAGAGUUCUCAGGACCAUAGAGGAGAGGGUAAAAGGAGAUUUAGCUAGA